GCGGCGCCAAUCGCGGGGCCUGGGGGCGUGGCGGGAGCGGUGUGUCCCGCGCGGACUCGGGGCUGUCGCAGAGCGGAGCAUCGCGAUGGGGCCGGGCCGGGCGCUGGAGCGGCUCCUGCUGCUGUUGGGGGUCCUCGGCGGGGCGGCGGGCGGGCCCCACUCCCUGCGUUACUUUCAUGUUGCCGUGUCGGAGCCCAGCCCGGGGGUGCCCCAGUUCGUGUCUGUGGGGUACGUGGACGGGAACGUCAUCUCGCGCUACGACAGCGAGACGGGGAGAGUAGUGCCCAGGGCGGACUGGAUGGCGGCCAACCUGGACCAGGCGUACUGGGACAGCCAGACCCAGAUCUUACAGGGCAAUCAGCAGGUUGACCGCGUGAACCUGGAGACGCUGCGGAGCCGCUACAACCAGAGCCGGGGGGUUCACAGAGUGCAGACCAUGUAUGGCUGUGACCUCCUGGAGGACGGUAGCACCAGGGGGUAUAGUCAGUACGCCUACGAUGGGAGGGACUUCAUCGCCUUGGACAUGGACACGAUGACGUUCACCGCGGCAGACGCGGGGGCACAAAUCACCAAGAGGAAGUGGGAGGAGGACGGGGCUGAAGCAGAGCAGUGGAAGCAGUACCUGAAGAACACCUGCAUCGAGUGGCUGAGGAAAUACGUGAGCUACGGGCGGGCCGUGCUGGAGAGGAAAGAGCCCCCCGCGGUCCGAGUGUCGGGGAAGGAGGCCCACGGGAUCCUGACCUUGCGCUGCCGCGCUCACGGCUUCUACCCGCGGCCCAUCACCGUCAGCUGGCUGAAGGACGGCGAGGUGAGGGACCAGGAGACGGAGUGGGGCAGCGUCGCGCCCAACAGCGACGGCACCUACUACACCUGGGCCUCCAUCGAGGCCCGCCCGGGGGAGCAGGACAAGUACCGGUGCCGCGUGGAGCACGCCAGCCUGCCCGAGCCCGGCCUCUACGCGUGGGAGACGGAGUCCAACCUGUGGGCCAUCGUGCUGGGGGUGGCCGUUGCCGUCGGGGCCGUCGCUGGCAUCUGUGGAUUCGUCGUAUGGAAGCGGAAGUCGGGGAAGAAGAAGGCGGGCUACGGCAUGGCGUCAAGCACCGACAGUGGGUCUGGCAGCACGGGCACAGGGGUCACCGCCUGAGCGCUGGACGAGGGGCCGGCGCGUGGCUGGAUGCGGCCCCUGCCCUGGCCGGGGGCUGCCUGCAGAGAGAGCUUGUCCCGCCGCCCCCGCCCAGCCCCGCUGUGGUGCCGGGUCUUCUUCCCGCUUCCUAUUUGCCGAUUCUUUUAAAUUCUGUGUGAUGCAAUUAUUAGCCGUGGUUUUAUUUUCAGGUUGUAACUGAUUAUUUUCUGCCCGUGCACGAUUCCUGGCGCGCUCAAUAAACGCUGGUCCCCCCCUCCCUCGGGCUGUGCCUCCUCUCCCGCUGCCGCUCUCCCAGCCUCGGCUCGAGGGUGGCCUGGGUUGAGCGACACGGGGCUAAUUUCUCUUCUAAUGCUGGGGAAAACUGCGCUUUUAGAAGAUUCUAGUGUCUGAAUGCGUGAAAAUAUUUACUUUAUAGGCCGCUAGGCUCUGUGGGGUUCAAGGUCUCGGUGUUUCCGAGCUUUGCCAGGUGCGAGGAUGAGGAGGAGCCCGACCCGGGCACUGACCCAGGCUGGCCAUCAGGGUUGUUUCAUACCGUGAACGUCACGUUCGAUAUAAAUUAGGAAGUUUGCUGUGCGGUUCCCUCUCUUUCCCUCGCUGGCGGUGGUGCAGAGAACUCGUCGUCCUGGUGCCGGAUCCCUGACCCUUCCCUUCCUCCCAAAGCCUCCCCGUGUCCCCCCUUCGCUGUCCCCUGCUGUGAGCGCACGCCUUCCUGCUGGUAGAAUCGCCUGAUUCUUGUAUCUCUGAUAUUAAUAUCGUCUAUUAAAUCUGCUUAUAUUUCAA